CGCGCCGCGCCCGCCCGAACCCGCCCGGAACCGCCCGAACCCCCCCGGGCCCACCCGAACCCCCCCGGAACCCAUCCGAACCCGCCCGAAGCCUUUCCGAACCCACCCGAAGCCUUUCCGAGCCUCUCCGAGCCCACCCGAAGGGGCCGAACCCACCCGAAGCUUUUUCGAGGAGGCCGAACCCACCCGAAGCUUUUCCGAGCUUCUCCGAGCCCACCCGAGGCAGCCGAACCCAUCCGAACCCACCCGAAGCCUUUCCGAAGCCGCCGAACCCACCCGAGCCCACCCGAAGCCUCCUUGAAGGGGCCGAACCCACCCGAAGCCUCUCCGAGCCCACCCGAAGCAGCCGAACCCAUCCGAACCUACCCGAAGCUUUUCCGAGCCUCUCCGAGCCCACCCGAAGCUGCCGAACCCACCCGAGCCCACCCGAACCCACCCGAAGCCUUUCCGAAGCGUCUCCGAGCCCACCCGAAGCUGCCGAACCCACCCGAGCCCACCCGAAGCCUUUCCGAAGCCGCCGAGCCCACCCGAAGCCACCCGAGCCGCUCCGAGCCCACCCGAACCUACCCGAACCUCUCCGAGCCCACCCGAAGCUGCCGAACCCACCCGAGCCCACCCGAAGCCUUUCCGAAGCCGCCGAGCCCACCCGAACCCACCCGAACCGUCCCGAACCCACCCGAACCCGCCCGAGCCGCUCCGAGCCCACCCGAGCCGCUCCGAGCGCAGCCGAACGCUCCCCGAGCGCAGCCGAAGGCGGCCCCGGUGGCCCCGGCGGCGGCCCCGGGAUGGUGGCGGCUCCUCCGGCCGCCGCCGCCGCCAUGCGCCGCGGGUUCCUGGUGCCCGAGAUCCGCCCGCUCGACCAGUACGACGGGAACCGGGCCCGCAGCGCCGCCAGCCUGGCCUGGGCCAUCGCCACCGGCUACGGCGGCGCCGCCAACGUCCCCGAGGAGCUGCGGGACCCCUUCUACACCGACCAAUACGCCCAGGAGCACCUGAAGCCGCCCGUGGAGCGCCUCCUGCUGGCCGCCGACAUUUACUGCAGGGCCUGGAGCCACGCCCUGGCCCCGCCCCCCGGCCCGGCCCCGCCCCCCGGCCCGGCCCCGCCCCCCCGGGAUUUGGGGGCGCUGCUGGCGCUGCUGGCGGGGAGGGGGCUCCCCCCGACCCUGCAGGGGGUCCCGGUGCGGGCGCAGGACCUGCAGCAAAAACCCAUCCGCAUGGGCGCCCACCUGGCUCUGAUCGAUUCCCUCAUGGCCGCCUUCAUCACCGAGGCCACCCGAAAUUUGGGGACCCCCCCGGGAGCCCCCCAGGGGCCCCAAUCCUGGGAAGCCAAAAUUUUGGCUUGGCUGGAAACGGUGAAUCGGAAGCUGCAGGAAAGCAGCGAAAAGGACGGGGCGGGAACGGCCCCGAAUUUGGGGGUCCCCGAGAGCUCCACGGCCCCCCCGGGAUGCAGCCACAAGUGUCCCACCCGCUGGUACUGGAAGUUGGUGCCCCACGCCAUCGCCUUCUGUUUGAAGGAAUCGGGGAAUAAACCUCCGGUGAUUCGGUACCGGAAGGACAAAGGGGCUCCUCCGGCGCCUCCCCCAUUCCCACCUGUGAGGGGGCUGCAAGAUUUGGCCAGUGGGGGGGUCCUGGCAGCCGCCAUCCAUUUCUACUGCCCUCAAUCUCUGCGCCUCGAGGAAAUCCGCCUUGGGGCGCCGCUGGCGCUCCCGGACCGGCUGCACAACCUGGGGCUCGUGCGCGACUUUGGCGCGCGCCACCUGCGCACGCGCUGCCCCCUGGCCGUGGAGGACCUGCUCUACAUGGCGCCUGCCCUGAAGUUGAAUGUGGGGGCUUUUCUGGCCGAGCUGUUCCUGUGCUUCGAGGUGCUGAGACCCCCCUUUGUCACCCCCCGGCAGCUGGGGGGGACCUCAGAAUCUCCAGGUGCUGCUGAUGCCCCGAACCCCAAAAGCAGCUCCCCUGGCUUCAACUUCCGCCACCCCCUGUUGGCAGGGGGCAACCCCUGUGGGCUCCUGCCCCACUCCCCCUCCCUCCCCCAUGGCGACGCGGGCAAGGGCUGGAGCAAGAGACCCCUCAGCCACCCUUUAUCCCAAGCCGUCUCCUUCAGCAUCCCCUUCGGCCUGGACAGCGACGUCGACAUCGUCAUGGGCAACCCCGUGGGGGUCCCCGCGGGGACCCUGGCCCGCUCGGCCAGCUCCGACAGCCUCGCCCACCCCCGGGGUCCCCUGCGGGCCCCGAGCGUCCCCAACGGCGUCACCGAGCCCCCCGAGCCGCCCAGCAUCGAGGAGGCGCUGCAGAUCAUCCACAGCUCCCAGCGCCUCCCCCCGGACGGAGCUCCCGAUGCUUUCUUCCUUCAUUCCCCGGAGCCUCAAAAUCCGCUCGGGAACCCUCAAAAUCCUCCUCAAAACCCCCCUCAAAAUCCCCCUCAAAAUCCUCAAAAUUCUCCUCAAAAUCCCCCUCAAAAUUCUCCUCAAAAUCCUCAAAAUUCUCCUCAAAAUCCUCCUCAAAAUCCACCUCGGCCCAUGACGAGUUUUGCCGAACGUAAGAAGAAAUUGGAAGAAGCCGCCCCUACGAAUCCGCCCGGGGGUCCCGGCGUUAAUUUGGGGGGGGUCUCCACCACUCCCGGGGGUCCCCCAGAAUCGGGCGGGGGUCUCAGCGUGGAGAUGUCUCAACUGGGAGCUCGUUUGGAAGAGAAACGCCGAGCGAUCGAAGCGCAGAAAAAACGCAUCGAGGCCAUUUUCGCCAAGCACCGCCAACGCCUGGGCCAAAACGCUUUGCAACGGCUGCGCCAAAACGAGGAGGGGGCUUCUCCCGACCUUGCCGAGGAUGAAUUGAGUCUGGGGGCUUCACAAAAACCACCUCAAGUCUCUCAUCCUCCUCCUCCUCCUCCUCCUGGGCACUACGAAGCCGCGGUGGCCAGGCUGAGCGCGGCGUUGAGUUCGCUGCAGUUGGACAUGCAACGCUUGACUCAACAGCAGGAGCGGCUUUUGCUGGAGCAGAGACCCCACGGAGCCCCCCAAGCUUGGGUGAUCCCACUCCCCAAAUCCACCAAAAGCUCCCCAAAAAACCCUCCGGGCUCUCCCGCGCCCACCCGAAAAGUCGGAGGAGGAGGAGGAGGAGGAGGAGGAGGAGGAGGAGGAAGCAGCAACAACAACAACGCGGGAAAUUCGACACCAGGAGGAGGAGGAGGAGGAACGGCGGGUUCUGUCGCGAUAUCAGCGGGUGGAAUCGCGACCGGCGGGGCUCGCAAGGCUCCUCCGCGCAGCCCCAGGAGACCCCGGCCCGCGGAGCUGCGGCUGCCGCCGCUGACGCGGGUGCUGACGCCGCCGCACGACGUGGACACGCUGCCGCACCUGCGGCGCUUCUCGCCCAGCCAGGUGCCCGUGCAGACCCGCAGCUCGCUGAGGUUCGCCGACGGGCAGGAGGAGGAGGAGGAGGAGGAGGAGGAGCAGAGACCCCCGCCCCCCCCGGCGCCCCCCGAGUCCCCCAAGGGGCCCCUCCGGGCCAGGGCCUGCGGGGACGGCACCAGCGACGCGUCCCUGUCCCCCGGCGACAAGGGGACAGCGCGGGGACACCGGCGGCACCGCCAGCACCAGGAGGACGAGGAGGAGGAAGAGGAGGAGGAGGAGGAGGAGGAAGGAGAAGGGGACUCGCUGGAGGGGUCCCCAACCGAGGGGGGGAACGGGGGGCAGAGAGCCAGCGUGGGCUUCUUCUGUAAGCUCGAUGACCCGAGCCCCCGCCCGCGCCCGCCCCUCCCCUGCGAGCGCCGCCUCUGGGGGCCGGGGCAGGAACCGGAACCGGAACCGGAACCGGAACCGGACAGACCCCCUGCGGAGCCCCCCCAGCCCCAAUUUGGGGAGGGGUCCCGCCGGGGGGAGUUCACGCGCCGGGAGUACGAACGGCGGCAGCAGCUGCGGCUGAUGGAGGAGCUGGAGAAGGUGCUGCGCCCCCCCCGCGGGACCCCCGCCCCAAAACCCCCCCCGCGGGGACCCCCAAUGAGGGGAGGGGGCUCCGGGGGGGGGAGGGGGCGGCCCCGCUGCUGCGACGACUCCGCCCUGGGCAGGAGCCCCCCCGGCAAGGGGCUGCUGGGCUCCCGCCUGUCCAAGGUUUAUUCCCAGAGCUCUCUGUCCUUGUCCAGCGUGGCUGAGCCGGGCGGGGGGCGCAGCACCAGCCCUUCUCUCCCCUCCCCCAGCCGGGCCGGGUCCCCCUCGGGGCCGGGGUCCCCAAACCGAGCCCCCCCCCCAGGCCGGGAGUGGGAGCAGGAGUGGAACCCCCCGUCCCCGGGGCCGGAGUACACGGGUCCAAGGCUGUACAAGGAGCCCACGGCCAGGUCCAACCGGCCGCUGAUCCAGAACGCUCUGGCCCAUUGCGUGCUGGCCGGGACCCCCAACGCCCCCCUGAGGGCCAAAGUGCUGCAGGAAAUGGAGCAGAGCUCAGCCCAGCAGCUGCUGAUCCUUUUCCGCGACGGGGGCUGCCAGUUUCGGGGCGUUUACGCUUUGGGGGGGAUCCCGCCGACCCUAAAGCGCCUGUCGGGCUCGGGGCCGCGCAGCGUGCCGCUGCCCAUGGUGGAGGCGCUGUACAAGUACCAGUCGGACCAGCGGCGCUUCUGCCGCCUCCCCGCGCGCACCAUGAGCGGCAGCGUCGACGCCUUCACCAUCCCCGGCCACCUCUGGCACCCCAAAAAACCCGGCACCCCCAAAUAAAAACCCCAAAAACGGGGCC